UGUUAGGAUGUAAGGUGUUCCCGCCAGACGAGACUACUAUAUCCUUGAAGAGCGAGGAACAUGGAUUUUACAGGAUCAGAACAACGAUCCUAACUACUGGGCGACAGCAGCUGGUUACUAUGGCAAUUACUCUUACGGACAAGAUCCCUCUCAGUAUUUUGCCGCAGCAGCAACAGCAGCUGCUUAUGGAGCCUGGGGUGCUGACGGAACAUGGACAGUAGCACCAUCAUUCCAACCUCCACCUCCCUCCCAACCUCCCCCUCCUCCUCCCCCUGAAGAAGACGUACCACCGCCUCCCCCUGGUGCUCCUUCGGAUGCUGCUCAACCCUCCCCUAAACGCGCUAAAACCUCUUCCGACCACACUGAGGCUCUGCCAACUGAUUUACCUCCCCCGCCCCCUGGCAGUAUUCCAACAUUAUCCACCACUGCUAAAACCAGUGCUAAACCCAAAGACAAGUGCGGAUAUUACGACAGCAGCACAGAUACCACGUCUUGGGAUACCAGCACCGCUUGGAGCUCCGGUGCUACUGUUACUCGGACUUUCGCCCAAGUUGUGAGCGGUAAACAAAGCGAAACAUCUGAUGAUAGAACUGGUUCCACCAACAACAAAAGACCAUUUCCAGAACCGAAUCCCAGGAAUGACCGAUCUUCUUCCGUGAAUAGUCGCUUCGAUGACAAAGAGCGCCAAUCUCCAAGCAAAUCGUCCUACCCAAAGUCAGAACAUCCAAGACCAGAUCACUCAAGAUCUUCUGAACGCCCGAGAACAGAGUUCUCCAGAUCGGACCACCCUCGAACCGACAACUAUAAGGGAAGAGAGUGGGGAGAAGGGGAGCAGAGAUCAGACAGAGGGCCUCCCCCUGGAUUUAGUCCUAGAACGCGACUUGGUGAUAGAAAUCGAGGUCGGGAUGAUUUUUACCCUCGAACAGCGAACCGUGGCUCCGAUUACGAUCGCCGGGAACCUGACCCAAAAUACCGAGACACUGAAAACAGCAGAUCACGUGGUCCCGACUUCGACCGGGACCCUGACAAAAACAGACGGACUCCAGGAUUUCAACAACCGAGAUCCUGAAAGCAGCAGAAAAGAACCAAAUUUCAACGCUCUUGACCCUGAAAGAGGAGAACCAGAUCACACGAGAGGAGGUAACAGUAGAGGACGAGAUAGUGGGCCCCCACGUGGUGGACUGGAGGGAAAACCAGUUAAACAGUCCGGAGAUGAUUGGAGAAAUUACAGCAAGGAGGGACAGGACGAAACAGAGCAAACUGGAGCUGAUACGGGUGGUUUACAGAACAGGGGAGGUGGAACUCAAGCUAACAUUGGUGCAGAGACACCUCCACCCACUUUCACUCCGACAGGCAGGCCUAAAGGAGCAAACCCGGAUGACUGGCCCAAAUCUCUGCGUGAUUAUGUGACCAGAUGUUUUGCGAGCUGUACUACAGAUCAAGAAAAGGAUGCGGCUGAAGUCUUCUUGAAGAACAGGUUGAAGACAAGUGAGACUGACGGGGGCUUUAUCUGGAAUACUGAUUGGUCUAACGAGGCAACGCCCUUUGGAUCAGUUAGCAAUAACAGCAGCAACUUCAACGGCAACACCAGUUUUAACGGUAACAAGAGUUUCAAUAACAACAACAAUAACAACAACAACAACACCAACUAUAACAGCAACAGCCAAUCCCCCCAAAAGGUUGGCUUCUCUUUGAAGGGAAAGACUAAAUUCCAGCCCCGACAAAAUGCUCUGCAACGGAACCCGGAGUUACAGAGACAGCACAUGCUAGCACAGAACAUCAAAGAGAGUUAUAUGUCCCAAUCUGAGGAGUUCCCCUCUUUCCAGCCAAACGCUAAAAUGAUGGACAGGGGCCGCGGACUGCGAAAAGCAAUGUUCAAGCCUGGAGAUGAUGGCGAACAGAAGAACUCCCCGGCUCCUGGUAGAGAUAGACCUCAGGGGGAAAGGAUCAACUCUUUUUCAGGACUUGGUGAGAACAGUCCACAAAAUAGCCCUAGAGGUCGAGGUGCUGCUGGACGUGGUCGAGGUCGAGGCAGGGGCCGUGGCCGUGGUCAAAACCAACAACAACAGAAACAAAAGCAAGAUGGAAGCAGUUGUAUUGGAAAUAUAAUGUUUGAUACAGUUGAGAAGAAGGAGGGGCGUGCCAAUAGGUUUAAGAAGGAAAUAUCUAUGGGAGCUAGUGACACUAUCUCCACGCUGAUGGAAUCUGCUAUCAAACGAGGGGGUGAAGAUCUUCAUUUCUCAGACACGCAUUUAGUGGGAACCAUGACAUCGCUGGAGAAACCCUAUCUUCGUCUUACCUGCGCUCCGUCUCCCGACCAAGUUCGCCCUGAACCCAUCCUUGUUAAAUCUCUGUCUCACAUCAUGAACAAGUGGAAGAAGGAGCAGAACUAUUCCUUUGUUUGCGAGCAGCUCAAAAGUAUUCGCCAGGAUUUAAUCAUUCAGAACAUAAACAACGCGUUUGCUGUGAAGGUGUACGAGUGCCACGCCCGGAUAGCGAUGGAGAAACUGGACACAACAGAAUACAACCAGUGCCAAACACGGCUAAUCGAAAUGUACGAGAAUAACAGCUCCGUGGGCAACCCCCGGGAGUUCCUCUGUUACCGUAUCUUGUAUUAUAUCUACAUCAACAACAACUCUGAUGCCAUGAAGCUCAUUGCCCAAUUGACUCAAGUCCAGAAGUCUGACGACGAUGUAAAAUUUGCGGUGAAUGUUUUCAAUGCUUGGUGCUCUAGGAACUAUUGCCAGUUCUUUAAGUUAUAUCUUGAUGCCCCGAAGAUGAGUGGCUAUUUGAUGGACAGUUACGUGCAAAGAGAACGGAACCUUAGUAUGAAAGUGCUGCUUAAAGCGUACAAACCUUCUGUCUCGGUACAGAAAAUAGCAGGGUUAUUGGGAUAUCCGGAUAUUCAAACAGCCCUGGUCUACUUGGAUGAUCUGAAGGUUGUGUACACUAAUCCUAAUAAGACCAACGUGGAUUGCAAGAAAACUACGAUUGAGCUGUGAUAUCUUAUAUUAAUUAUACAUACAUUCAUUGAUAUGCAUAAAAUAGUGCAGUGCGGACACUGGGUCGCAAUUUCUAAUUGAAUAUCACGCCCUUUUUUAGGUUUAAAAUUUAGUCAUUGCGCUAAUUGUGCAUUUUUUGCAAUAAUUUGUAAUAAAAUCAGAUUUUUGAUUUGUGAACGAUGUUGGGAUCUUGUACAUUCUCUAUUAUCCCUCAUUGUGGGCUGGAGAAAAGUUUCGUCUAACAAAAUUAUUUUUAUCCAUUUCAGUUUCACGUUGUAAUUUUAGACUUUAGUGUCGAUGCGAAUGUUUCAUUGGGCACUCACACAUUUGAAAUAUAUUAGAGCUGACUGCAGAAAAAGCUCGGGGAAUGUUUUACCGAGGAGUUUUAACGAGAAGUGGCGCUCACUUCUUAAAUUCGAACUUUUGUCAAAUUGACGUUAUUUAGUUUGUUACUGUCAUAUGAUUUUUAACUCCUUCUUAGCAACUAUUGAAAAAAUGUGGCUUUAUUUUUGAAAUAAAGGAUCAGUUCAAAUGUCAUUCGUCGUUUA